ACUCCAGUAUCGUGGGCUGCGGCCAACGGAUGGAUAGAGUACUUGAAGCAAAGCAAAAGCACGGGUCUUGACAAAGAAGACAAAAUCGGAAGAACUCCGCUCUCAUGGGCCGCGGGGAGCGGCCAGAAAGAGACCACUGAACUCCUACUCAAUGAAGGAGGGACAGAUAUCAACAAAAGGGACAACGAAGGCAGAACACCACUAUCAUGGGCGGCUGAGAAUGGCUGCGACGAGACUGUGAUAAUGCUUCUG